ACUCCACCGUGAGUUGGCUAUAACUUGGACCCACCUAUCAAACGUGCCUUCAUUUGAUAUCUGCUCUUCGAAAAUCUCACAAUGAAUACACUUGCCGCAACCACCAUCGUGAUACUAGUGCUGGCGAUCCUGUGGUCCGUGGGAGGACAGUUCCGCAGUAUAAUGGUGCCCCAGGACUUCCCGGAGGACGUGGAUCUGGCCACCAUCACACCCCAGACGGUGGACAUGGUGCUCGCCGACAGGGCCGCUGUGCUGCAGCUCGUAGAGUGCUUCGAGAACGAGGCGCGCUGUCGGUCUCGCGGUGCUCUUUCCUUCGCUCGGCAAGUGCGUCGCCUGGGCAAGAGCGGCCGGUGUCACCGCUGUUCCCCGCGUCAGCAGCAGCACAUCAGCGUCAUCAUGCGCCGCACUGUCUCCGGUAUGCAGAGCAAACACCCGGCAGAAUGGCGGAGGAUUGUUCCCUACAUCAGAAAUUUGUUGUAAAUUCGUGCACUGGAUCAGAAUUAUGUAUACUUUCAUCAGCCGGAUAUGAAAGUGGGAGUUAUCAGUCAAGCUAGCGGUCCACAAUAGGAUCCGAGUCUUUCGCCUCGCUCAUAAAACGUCAUUGACACGGGACUGUUGGUCAGCUUGACAAGAACAUGCAUUUGAUUAGUGAUCGCGAAUGCAUGAAUGCUAGGAGUGCGGAUACUUUCUGGAUCAGCCCUGCUACCUCUGUUACGUACUGGAAACUUGCACUGUCAACAAUUAAUUGUUCUAUAUUCUUAGCUUCGCUUUUACCCAGGAGCAGCAGCUAGCUUCUGUGAGCCGUCAAUUUGGUACUAUAUACUUAUCGGGCAAGUUUUUAGUAGCUGGAGCUGCAGAUAUAAUUCAUACUGCACUUGUGCCUCGUCAUAGAGCUACGUCCUGAUGUCUGAAUUUGGAAUGUUAUGUUCCCAGACUGUCCUGGUGUAUGGUGAACGAUCAACCUAAUAUUCUAUCACUCUGCGAUGGAUCAGAACGUACGAUUGAGUCGGAACAUUGUUGCAGGCUGUGGAUAUACAUUCUAGUUAAAAAAACUUGCAGUCCCGGGUCAACUUUUAUAUCUGUUAGUCUUAUUACCAUGACUUGACAGGCGGUAGAAGCUUUCUGCUGUCUGUCUCACAUUAAACUGUUGAUUUAUUUUAAUAAAACAUGACAAUCGC